AUGCUGCUAUUGAAGAAUUACUCCUCCAGGAGAAACAGCACGUUCCAACCCAGAAAAAGAGCAGACGCGUAUCACAAUAGAGCAGAUUCAUCAGAUUCAGAAUCAGAACUUUCACAAGACCCAGAAUCAGACUCAGAAUCAGAAGAUGAGGUUGCUCCAAUAAAGGGAAAGCUUUAUAAACAAAAUGAAAAGAAGUUGCAUCGUUAUUUUACUCCAGGGACCGGAAGAGAAGUCAUCGAAGAUUUGACAAUUAGAGAUAGAGAAAGAAAUAACCAACGCGGUUCGUUAGAUUCUCAAAAAUUAGAUAUCAAGAAAAUUGAAUAUAGAAAGAAGAUUGAUAUUGUCUGGAAUUCUAUCAUUUCCAAAUAUAGUGCAUUUGAUGAAGAUGAUCAAGGUGAUGUUAUAAAUUUGAAAGAUUUCAGUAUUGAAGAAGAUACAGGACAUAUUGAAAAAUUGCAAACUUUUCAAAGAACAAGUAUAUGGAAUGAUAUCAAUCAGAUAGAAGGGCCUGAUGACUAUGAGGAACGGAUGGAUCCAAGUGAAGAUCCUAUAAAUUUAUUAACAAAUGGGAAAACAUCUAGAGAGCGUUCCAAAAGGUCAAGUUUACACAAUUCAAGAACAACAACACCACCACCAUUGACUAAAUCUGUUCCAAAGAAAAUUGCAACAAACAAACCUUCAGCAACCUUGAAUAAUGACCCUCUUUCACUCUUGACCCCUAGAAAAACCUCAAGAAUUACAACUAGAUCUUCAUCUCCAAGAAAAGCCCAAACGAGACUUGAACCAUCAUCUCCAGUGAGACAUAGAAGACAAUCAUCACCAUCUAAGAUAACGGCUCCAUCCCAAACCACUGAUAUGCAUAAUGAUCCUUUAGCAUUGUUAACACAAAGAAAGACUACAAAGUCAUCUUCACCAUCUAGAAAUGCCCCUAGUACUAGAGAUAUUUCACAACUGGAACCUGGUUUAGCCUCCCCAAUGUCAUUAAUGGCACCACCAUCAUCAACAAGAUUAUCAGCUUCGAGAAGGGAAGCAACAAGACCUUUAUCACCACCCAUUUCAAGUCCACCUGAACUUCCAAAAGACCCAAUUGAUCUUUUAUCACCAAGAAGACCACAUAGACCAUCAUCACCAACUCCAAGUUUUAGAACAAGAGCCGCUCAUCAUAGAAGAAGUGAACCUAUUAGAUCUAACCAACGUCAAACACGAGAACCUACUGGACGUCAUUCAUCACCAGUGCGUCAACUUAUGGCGACAUUUCCAUCAAUUGAACCCAUUCAAGUUUUCAAAAGACCAGAAAUGAGAUACACUCCAAAUCAAUCUUUUAGAAGGCCUCAAAAGAGACGUGCACCAUUUGAACAUCCUGUUCAAAAUAAGACUCACAAAGUUCAUGAUGGACAAACUCCAAAGAGACAUUCUUCUCCUGUUAGAAAAUUAAUGGAUCAAUUGCUAUCAUCAAAGCCACCUUCAACUGGACCUGAUCCAAUCAACUUAUUAACACCUAGAUCUACUACUCGCGUUGGUAGUAGAAUCACAACAAGAGCUUCAUCACCAAUUAGAUCCACAAGAAGAACACCAAGUGCUGUUAAUGAAGCUGAUCCAAUAUGUUUAUUGACACCACGUUCAUCCAACAGAUCAAAAAGAAGAACCCUAUCAUCACAAUUUCAACCUAUUCAAGAAGAUGGUACAUUACCACCACCACCACCAUAUUUCCCAAUACCGCAACAAUCAGCUAUGACUGUUGCUUCAAGUACUGAAUAUUCUCCAUUCAUUAUGCCACCACCACCGCCACCACCAAUGCAUGGACAACAAUUGUACCCGCUCCCAAUGUUGAACCCAUUUAUGUUUGGAUAUCCUAUGAUGCAUUAUCUUCCAUAUAAUCAAUAUUAUGGCGUGGGUAAUAAUGAAUCCAUUGAAACAGGACCUACUUAUGAUUUGAUGAACUUACAGAGAAAACAUGUAAAUAAAUAA